UCCAUUCCUCCAACACCACAAUGACGGAGACGCCAGCAGCAGCGCCACCACCGGAGCAACCUUCAUCACCAUCACCACCACCACCUGUCUACAUACAUCCACGACGGGAGCCUUUCGAGCAUGGACUCAUCCCUUUGCAAAAACUCAUCUUCACCGACGCCACACAAACCCUAACCUCUCUCCGUGACAAACUUCUUCAACAUCCGGUUGCCAGCAACUACCCACACCGAAUUGACUCUGCUGUUUUCUCUGAAACGCUGCAGAUCUCACUAGAACACGCCCGUCUUGUCUUUGAUAUAAUCGCGUCCGUUCACCCCUCCGAUUCGGACCCGCUUGUGACGGCUAAGCCCGAUGAGGUUGAUUCUGUAGGUGUCAAUGUGUAUGAUCUGAUUAUUUUCUUGUACAUACAGUCGUACAAGCGGUUGCUUCCUAAGGGACAUAAGGACUCCGCUGCUGUUGCCGAUGUUUGGCCGUCUACUUCUGCAUUCGAUGGUUUCUUAUCAGCUCUUACGCCGUUACAGCUUGCACGCAGCAACGUCCGACGGUCUAUGCCAUCACAAGCUGAUGAAGAAGCACAUCAAUUAUCCUAUCUACAGAAGCAUCUGGGAAACAUAAUAUCUCUGUUGGCUGACUCUGUGGAUAGCCAAGGUGAAGGCGAAGAUUCACUGGUUUUGACAAUGGAAAAUUUUGAGCACCUUGCAUUUCUGAUCUAUUUUGGUGAAAAAGGAUCAGAGAAAAUUCCAUUGAGCCAGAAUGCUCCAUUUUUUGCUAAUUCAGAUCCUGAUAUGCCCGCUGCUCCAGUUCCUGCAGCACAGGUUCAUGAUUGGAUUGUACAGAAUAUUUCUUCUGCCAUGGAACAUAUCUCUGAAAGAGCUGCUGCAAAAGAGAAUGGGCCAACUAAUGUAUCUGAUCAGGAUGCUAUGAUGUCUGAUGCUUAUGCGAACACGAUGAAAGUGUCAACCAGUGCUAAGGGUUCCAGCUCGAUAGAGGGAAUCUCUAAACAAUCAUAUGUAAAGCAAGCAUCUGAACUUAAAAGCUCUUUUGUAAAGAUCAUAAAUUGCCAUGAAUCUGUCAUUUAUCUGUUGGCUCCUUUGAGAUAUGCCACAAUAUAUGGAUGCUCUGACGCGACUAUAGUGCUCGGUGCUGUUGGGAAGGCUGUAAGGAUUGAGCAUUGUGAGAGAGUUCAUGUGAUUUCAGUAGCAAAGCGUAUCUGUAUUGCUAAUUGUCGUGAAUGUGUAUUCUUUUUGGGGGUAAAUCAGCAACCACUUAUUGUUGGUGAUAACCAUAAGCUGCAGGUGGCACCAUAUAAUACAUUUUACCCACAGUUGGAGGAACACAUGAAGCAAGUUGGUGUUGAGGCUAGUCCUAACAGAUGGGAUGAGCCUAUUGCGCUGGGUCUAGUAGAUCCACAUGAUUCGUUGUCUCAUCCUGCUGGUGUAUCUGAUUGUCAAACUGAGUCUGCUACCUGCUUAGAACCUGAUCAGUUUACCAACUUUUUGAUUCCAAAUUGGUUUCAAGGUGAAGGAUCUGGGUCCACAAAAGACAAUCCAUUUCCAUUGCCUGAUGUCUACAUGUCAUCUCAGCAGAGAAAUGACAAGAACUUGGUGGAGGUUAAACAGAUUUUGAGAGAAACACAACUGGAAGAUAGCAGAAAACGGGAAUUAUCAACUGCACUUCAUGUGUACUUUAAAGACUGGUUAUAUGCCUCUGGGAAUGUUAGGCAACUGUACUGCUUACAAGGUACAUGCCCCAGUCUUUCUAGAUCUAAUAGCAUGCACUCUAUUUGAUUACAAGGUAAAUGAAUAUUUUGUUCAUCCUCUUUGCACUUUUCUGCAUAAUGUGGUUUGAAUAAAAAUCUACUGCCCCCAUGUUCAUUGUCCACCAAUCACUUAAAGCCACAUCAUCAUUUUGGUGAGGAGAGAGCAUAAAAAGAUGACUUAAAUAAAUUUAUAUUAAAUAGUAAAUAUUGAUGUGUAUUCACAUGAUUGGUCAGGAAGGGGAUAGGGGAUUUGGGAACGAAAGUUUUUUAUUCGGUUUAAACAGGUGGGGAAUUGGUGGCUUGGCUGGGCUUGGAAGGACCAGUUUGGUUCUCAACCUUGUCACUCUUAGAGGUCCUAGCCUAGCAAAAUGCUCCCAUCAAGGUCUGGCUUGACCCGAGUGUGGUUGAUCCUCGUCCAUCUCGGUUAUA